CUUAGAAUCAACAGAAACAAAAUGUAAAUGGAUGGACAUCAGAAAAAUCUGAUGUAAGCUUCUUUAAUUAGGACCCUUUCUGCAUUUAGAGGAGACUCUAAUGUCUCAAAGUCAAGCCAAUUCUCUGAUAUUUUGAAAAGAGACACAUUUUCUUGUUGGGAAGUCACAAAUCCAUAUAAAUGCAGUAUAUGUAUGUAAAAGAGGACUGUAAAGCGAUGGCUUUCUGUGCAAAAAUGAGAAGUUCAAAGAAAAAUGAAGUCAAGCCAGAAGUUCCGGAGCAAAUGCUGGAAAUAGUGUUCUACUUACAAGACAAACCUUCCCUUCCUUAUACAAGUGGCAAGUACACAGCAGAAGAACUUUGCAUUGAAGCGGCAAAAAAAUGCUCUAUUUCUCCUCUGUGCCAUAAUUUGUUUGCCCUUUUUGAUGAAAGUAGAAAGAUCUGGUAUGCACCAAAUCACAUCUUCUACGUUGAUGAGAAAACAUCACUCCGUGUUCAUUAUCGCAUGAGGUUUUACUUUACUAAUUGGCAUGGAACAAAUGAGAAUGAGCCAUCUGUCUGGAGGCAUUCUCCAAAGAGGAAGAAUUCUUAUGAAAAGAGAGCAGUACAAGAAGGAACACCUCUCCUUGAUGCAAAUUCAUUAGAAUAUCUCUUUGCUCAGGGUCAAAAUGACUUGGUAAAAGGUCUUGCACCUCUUCGGGAAGCUAAGAAUGAUCCAGAAUCACAUGAAAUUGAAAAUGAAUGUUUGGGUAUGGCUGUACUUGCAAUAUCCCACUAUGCAAUUAAAAAAAACCUGAGGUUACCAGAACUUCCCCGAGAUAUCAGCUAUAAGCGGUAUAUUCCAGAAACACUGAACAAGAAAAUUAGACAAAGGAACAUCUUAACAAGAAUACGAAUUAAUAAUGUUUUCAGGGACUUUCUCAAGGAAUUUAACAACAAGACCAUUUCUGACAGCAGUGUUUCUCCACAUGAUCUGAAAGUGAAAUACUUAGCAACAAUGGAGACAUUGACAAAGAAUUAUGGAGCUGAAAUAUUUGAGACAUCCACACUGCUAAUUUCAUCAGAAAAUGAGAACUUUAACUUGAAUGCUUCUGAAAAAAUGCAAAGUUAUGAAGUGAUGGUAACAGGCAAUCUUGGAAUCCAGUGGCGGCGUAAACCAAUUAUUACACAGAGUGAAAAAGAAAAACCGAAAAUUAAGAAAAAAAAAUCUGACAAAGUUGAAAAAAAGGAAGAAAAAAACAAAAGGGAGGAAUGGAUCAGUUUUUCUUACUUUCCUGAAAUAACUCAUCUUGUGAUCAAGGAAUCUGCAGUCUGCAUCUAUAAACAAGAUAACAAGAGAAUGGAAUUUAAACUGCCUUCAUGUGAAGAAGCUUUGUCGUUUUCUGCUUUGGUGGAUGGAUACUUCAGGUUGACUGCUGAUGCCCAUCAUUUUCUUUGCACAGAUAUCGCACCACCUCUGAUAGAACACAAUAUUAAAAAUGGCUGCCAUGGCCCAAUUUGCACAGAAUAUGCUAUUAAUAAGUUGAAACAGGAAGGCAAUGAAGAAGGGACGUAUGUUUUGAGAUGGAGCUGUACAGACUUCAACAACAUUCUCUUGACUGUGAUAUGUACUGAACAUUCAGAGCUCUCAAUGAAUCUCCCCAAACAGUAUAAGAACUUCCAGAUAGAAAUGAAGAAGGAAGGAUGUCUCCUGCAUGGAUCUGAUAAGUUCUUCCAAUCACUUAAAGAGUUGAUGGACCACUUAAAAGGACAGAUCCUGAGAACAGAUGAAAUAGUCUUCACUCUCAAGAGAUCCGUUCAGCCAAAACCAAGAGAAAUUUCCAAUUUGCUAGUAGCUACAAAAAAGUCCCAAGAGUGGCAGCCAAUUUGUCCUUUAGGUCAACUGAGUUUUCAUCGAAUACUUAAAGAAGGAAUAAAGCAAGGUGAACAUCUGGGCAGAGGAACUAGAACACAGAUUUACUCUGGGAUUCUUAGCUACAACGACGAUGAAAGUUAUCAGGGAGAAGCACAAAUUAAAGUUCUGCUGAAAGUCUUGGAUCCAAGCCACAGAGACAUUUCCCUGGCAUUUUUUGAGACAGCCAGUAUGAUGAGGCAGAUAUCCCAUAAGCAUAUUGUCCUGCUUCAUGGAGUUUGUGUACGUGAUGUGGAAAACAUUAUGGUGGAAGAAUUAGUUGAGUUUGGACCUCUGGAUCUUUUUAUGCACCGUAAGAGUGAUUCUCUUACAACACCUUGGAAAUUCAAUGUAGCAAAACAGUUGGCAAGUGCCUUGAGCUACCUGGAGGACAAAAACUUAGUACAUGGAAAUGUAUGCACAAAAAAUAUACUGUUAGCAAGAGAAGGAAUCGGAAAUGAACAUGGACCUUUCAUAAAGCUAAGUGAUCCAGGAAUUCCAGUUACAGUGCUAUCUAGACAAGAAUGUGUGGAGCGCAUUCCUUGGCUGGCUCCAGAAUGUGUGGAAGAUUCCAAAAAUCUAAGUGUGGCAGCAGAUAAAUGGAGUUUUGGGACCACUUUAUGGGAAAUUUGCUACAAUGGAGAAGUACCACUUAAGGACAAAACCUUAGCAGAGAAGGAAAGGUUUUAUGAAGGUCACUUCAUACUUCCAGCCCCAUCGUGCAAGGAGCUGGCUGACCUGAUGAAGCAGUGCAUGCACUAUGACCCCAGUCAGAGGCCGUUCUUUAGAGCAAUUAUGCGGGAUAUCAAUAAACUAGAAGAGCAAAAUCCUGAUAUUGUCUCAGAGAAGAAGCCUAAUGCAGAGAUUGAUCCUACAAUAUUUGAAAAGCGUUUCUUGAAGCGGAUCCGUGAUUUAGGAGAGGGCCAUUUUGGCAAAGUUGAACUCUGCAGGUAUGACCCUGAAGGUGAUAACACAGGAGAACAAGUAGCUGUAAAAUCACUGAAACCUGAUUGCGGCGGGAAUCAUAUUGCUGAUCUUAAGAAGGAAAUUGAAAUUCUAAGGAACCUUUAUCAUGAAAACAUUGUGAAAUACAAAGGAAUCUGCACCGAAGAUG